CCGCACUCAACGUCACUCCAGGCACUUGCGCUGUUGUCAGCAAAUACAAUGAGGACCUCGCAAUGUCUCUUCAACUCGGCCGUCGCCCUGAGAAAUGUUUUCGUCCGUAAUGCAGCAGUAUCAGAGGCCCCGUGGCAAUUGCAGCGCCUGCUGCUGCCCGCCAUAGCUGUGCCGAUCCAACCGACGUCUUCAACGCCUCUGCGACGGCCCUUUUCCACCCAUCACGUGGCCCAAUUCCGCAAUAGCCGCCGCGGACCGGCCUCUGGAAAUGCCGCUCCGGUGAAGGACCGCGGUUUGCGCGACUACGACAUCGUGUACCCUUGGAUCCAACUGCGACAAGAAGACGGCAGGCUCACCGAGCCGCAGCGGACGAGUCAAAUCCUCAAGAAGCUCAAUUUGGAGCGCAACACGCUCAUCCUCCUCGCCGCCCCAAGGGCGGACGCCUCGUCCAACGGCCCGCAGUACCCCAUCUGCCGCAUCGCCAACCGCCAAGCCGAGGAGGCCGCCAAGUCCGCGCAGGCAGACAAGAGCGCGGGCAAGAAGAAGGAGAAGUCGAAGGAGCUGGAGGUGAACUGGGCGAUCGCGCCGCACGAUCUGCGCACCAAGAUGUCGCAGCUCAAGAGAUUCCUGAGCAAGGGAUAUCAGGUUACCGUGACCAUGAUGAAUCUGAAGAAGAGGGACAAGCGGAGGGCGUCGGCGGACGAGGCCAAGGGGGCAUUGAAGGUCGUUGAGGCGACCAUCGCCGAGGUUCCCGGGGCGAAAGAGAUCAAGCCUAGGGAGGGAUCGGUGGGGGACACCCUCACUGUUCAUCUGCAGGCCCCGGCUAGCAGUGCUGCAGGUCCGGCUACUGAGUCGGCAGGGGAAGCCACCGGCCAGGCUCCGGCGGCGGCAGAGAGUUGAGAGGGAAGUACGGUAUAGACGCUGCUGUCUAACCGCUGGAUGAUUCCAUGGGGUCUCAGACCUGUCCAGCCAGCGGGUUGACUUCACGGAAGGACCUUGUACAGUACCUACCAGGUAUCGAAGUGGAAGGUGACAUGUAGAACCGUUGUAUAUUGCUACCCUGGGUUUUUCACCCGGCCCACGAGGGCGCGGUUUUCCUGUAUAGUAAGUUGUUGAAGGUCCGGCAAGCCCAAGGGCACAGCGGUGUAGGAAUAAUAAUAUAUUGCUAC